GGGUGAGGAUCAUAACUGAGAGUAGUCACCUGAAGAUGUCUGACAAUGCAGAGUCCCCGACAGAAACGCAAAAAGAAGAGUCACAGCCACCGACAGACGACUCGACAACAAAUGAAGAGAAGAAAAAAAGUGAUUUAAAAAUUGAUGUGUUGCUGAAGGCUGUGGGAGACACUCCUAUCAUGAAAACAAAGAAGUGGGCGGUGGACAGGGGGAGGACGUUACAGUCCCUCUCUCAGUUCAUCUCUCGCUUCCUCAAGCUUGAUGCUAAUGAACAGUUGUUCAUUUAUGUUAACCAGUCUUUUGCCCCGUCGCCGGACCAAGAUGUAGGAGUCCUUUUUGAUUGUUUUGGCAGCGACGGCAAGCUGGUUUUACAUUACUGUAAAUCUCAAGCCUGGGGUUAAACUGCUUCCUAUAACUCCAUCUCGAACCUCGACCUGUCUUAAUUUUAUCCUCCAAACAUGCUCACAUUGAUGUUUUUUCUUGCUUUGCUCAAUUUUUUUCUGUACAUACAUUUUGUAAAUAAAUUAUUCUGACUCUGUA